AUGAGCAGCAUGCUCCCGGCGAUCCUCCUUCCCUUGAUCUCCCUCCUCGUCUUGCUAAAUGCCUCGCACGUCGAGUCUGCUCGGCCGACCUCGGGCACCUUCCAUUGGUACAAUGGGCUGUUCGUGUUCGGAGAUUCCUUCGCCGACACCGGCAACUUCCCCAAGUCCGAUCUGAGCGAAGUGACUCGCCAGUGGUACAAACCCUACGGCUUCUCCCAUGGGUUUCUCCAGGAUCCAACCGGGCGCUUCUCCAACAGCUUGGUUCAAUCUGAUUUCAUCGCAAGGAUUCUGGGGCGCUCCCAGGCCCCGCAGACGUUCAGGGCCACGGAAGGAAACUACCCGGACAAGUUCGGCGUCAACUUCGCCGUGGGUGGCGCCGGCGUGUUCGAGGUGCCGCGCAAGGCGCCAACCCUGGCCCAGCAGAUCGACUCCUUCAAGAAGAUGCUCGACGGCGGGGACAUCGGGAAAUGGCAGCUCGAGGAGUCCGUCGCGCUGGUGGCCAUCUCCGGCAACGACUACGCGCGCGUCGCCAACAUGAGCAGCGACGGCGAGAUCCUCGACUUCAUCGGGAACGUGACGGACGGGAUCGCCGCCGGCGUGGAGCGGCUGCGGGGGCUGGGCGUGACCAAGGUCCUCGUCAACACGCUUCACCCGCUGGGCUGCACGCCGUGGCAGGCCAGGCCGUCCAACUACACCAAAUGCAUGGGCCGUGGCAACAUGGCCGCGGGGUUCCACAACGACGGCCUCGAGAGUAAGCUCAACGCGACGAGCAGCGACUGCGUCUACCUCAUCGACCUCAACCGGGCCUUCACCAACAUCAUCGAUCCAUCCGAUGCCGACGACAUCCCGCAGGUGGCGAAGAGGUUCACGGAGAAGCUGAAGCCAUGCUGCGAGAGCGUCGAUCCCAAGGGCUACUGCGGGCAGGUGGACGAGGACGGCGGCGACCAGUACAGCGUCUGCUCCAACCCUGAGAAGCACUUCUUCUGGGACGACGUGCACCCCACUCAAGCUGGCUGGGAGGCCGUCAUGGAACAGCUUCAGCAGGACAUCAAGGAUUUCCUCCACAUUUCCUACUAG